CCCCCUUGACUUUAUCCAGACAGCACCCGUGUACAACUAAUUCAUAGAUUCUUCACCGGUUUCAUCUCUCUGAUAUACAUUCCCAACAGGUCGUCAUGGAUAAAUUAGUAGCUCAAUACUCGCGUCCGCGUCACCAAGAUGAGUUCUACUCGGAGCAAGAGCAGCGCGACCUCACCGAGAGCCACCCUUCAAUCAGUCUCAAGUUCGAUCUGCCUCCGCUGGAAAAUCCCUCUGCCUUCCUCCGUGCCAUGACAGACGACCACUCCAACCCCAGCUGUCCGAUCAAGCUCGCUCACGGAACGACAACGUUAGCUUUCCGGUUCCAGGGGGGGAUUAUCGUCGCGACCGAUUCCAGAGCAACGGCUGGUAACUGGAUUGCCAGUCAGACGGUGAAGAAGGUUAUCCCUGUCUCGAGACUGAGUCGGGGCGAAGACACUCAGACAGAUGCUCCUGUUCCAGGCUUGCUGGGGACUAUGGCUGGAGGUGCCGCAGAUUGCCAGUACUGGUUGAGAUACUUGAGCCAACAGUGCACUCUUCACGAAAUCCGCCAUAAGCGUCGUAUCACAGUUGCAGCCGCGUCGAAGAUUCUUGCGAACCUGACGUAUGCUUAUAAGAAUAUGGGCCUGAGCAUGGGCACAAUGUUGGCGGGUAUGACUCCCCAAGAAGGCCCCGCUCUCUACUACAUCGACUCGGACGGCACCCGUCUGCCCGGCAACCUGUUCUGUGUCGGCUCCGGCCAGACCUUUGCCUACGGUGUGCUUGACGCCCAGUACCGCUACGACCUAACCGAGGAGGAAGCCCUCGAGCUUGGCCGCAGAUCCAUCCUGGCAGCCAUGCACCGCGAUGCCUACUCUGGCGGCUUCAUCAACCUGUACCACGUCAAGGAGGAGGGAUGGGUCCACCACGGCUUCAGCGACAUGAACCCGAUCUUCUGGAAGACGAAGCUGGAGAAGGGCGAGUUCUCCAACGUCACUUCUGAACUGUGA